ACCGGAAGUUCCGUCUGUUUUUGAGUCCGGGACUCGGAGACGGGCGACGGUCUGGGACAGAAAAUUCCAGUCACAAUGAAGCCGGCGGUGGACGAAAUGUUCCCGGAGGGUGCGGGGCCGUACGUGGAUCUGGACGAGGCAGGAGGAAGUUCAGGACUUCUAAUGGACCUAGCAGCUAAUGAAAAAGCAGUCCAUGCAGAUUUCUUUAAUGAUUUUGAAGACCUCUUUGAUGAUGACGAUAUUCAGUGAUUUGUUCUCCAAGCUUCACCAUCUGAACCACUGUACAUUUUCAAACGAGGAGGAGGAAAAGAAUGGUUGACACCUUGGAAGGACUGCUGCUAAUGCUCUAUGGGCAAAUGUGCAAAGCAGGGCAUUUUUGAAAAGGAGUCCAUAUUUUACAAACAUGCAUAGACUUAUGUAUGGUCGUCAUGCUAAUUUUUUGUCCUUUUAAAAUUAUGAAUUUAUUUUAUUAAAGUAAAACGUUACAAAA